AUGGAAAUUAUCACACAUCGACAUCUUCGAUCGCUUCAAAAAUCUAAAGGUUUCUUUUAUGCCCAUGCAAACAAAGGGGGUAAGUUACUUGCACGUUUAUUGAGAGGAACACUGCCACGUACACAGGUCCGUAAAUUGAGACUGUCUACGGCGAGGACAUCACCCUUCCCGAAUGACAUCGCUGAUGAAUUUCAGUCCUUCUACCAUUCCUUGUACAACUUGCACGAGCCGAAUUACUUGGACACGAAUAGAUCCGUAUUGAUUGACAACUACUUGCAGACGUUUGCUAUGAAAACCGCAUCUCCUGCAGCCGCAGAGGCACUGGAUGGUCGGAUCACUGAAGAAGAGAUGUCUGCUGCCCUGAAGGGGACUAAAGUCGGCAAAGCACCUGGCCCUGAUGGGUUUUUCAGCUGGUUACUAUAA